AUGUUUGAUAUCGCGAUUGGACAUGGUUUACUGAGGCAGAAACUGGAAGAAUUGAAGGAAGAUCGUCGCGCAUCGGUGAGUCUUCAACAAGAGGUAGUAUCUUUUGAAGUGCUAGCGGAAUUAUACGAGCAAUACUGGGGCGAUGAUACUAAUAUAAACCUGGAGAAGCUACUGGCCAGCAGCGAUCUUCGGUUCAAGCGGAAAAGGGUACCUGGUGAAGAGUAUACAGAAGAAUUUAAGGCGGAGUUGGAAAAACUGAGAUGGGUUCAAAAGGAACAAGAGUACCAGGAUAUGAUCAGGCGAGACUCUUUAGUUCCUGCAGGAACACUGAAUGAGCACGAUCCUACAAUUUCAGAAAUUAACAAGGAGAUCAAAGAGCAGGUAGCAGCAGUAUUCAAUGUUCUUUUGACGGUUUUCGGUACAGUUUACGCGGUUUGGUACGUGACAAGAAGCGGAUGGGAUAUUCACAUACGGAUCAUUUUGUGCCUAUUCAGUGGUAUUUUGGUGUUGAUAGCGGAUGCUGCGAUGUACAACGUGUAUUAUCGUAAGAUUGAAGAAGCGCGGGCUCUGGAACGCAAGAAGAAGGUGGUGAAGAAAGUAAUCAAGCGGUUGAUAUAA